AUGACCGCUAGCCAGAGCCAAAAGCUCCUGCUGCCUCUGCUGCUGCUCUUACUGCUGACUGGAGCUUUGCGGGGUUGGGAGGCUGAGGAGAGGCCCCGGACCCGCGAAGAAGAGUGCCACUUCUAUGCGGGCGGACAAGUUUACCCUGGAGAGCCGUCCCGCGUUUCGGUUCCCGACCACUCCCUGCACCUCACCAAAGCCAAGAUUUCCAAGCCAGCACCUUAUUGGGAAGGAACUGCUGUGAUCAAUGGAGAAUUCAAGGAGCUCAAGUUAACUGAUUAUCGUGGGAAAUACCUAGUCUUCUUCUUCUACCCACUUGAUUUCACAUUUGUGUGUCCCACAGAAAUUAUCGCUUUUGGCGAUAGAAUUGAAGAAUUCAGAUCAAUAAAUACUGAAGUGGUAGCCUGCUCUGUCGAUUCACAGUUUACCCAUUUGGCCUGGAUUAAUACCCCUCGAAGACAAGGAGGUCUUGGGCCAAUAAGGAUUCCACUUCUUUCAGAUUUGACCCAUCAGAUCUCAAAGGACUAUGGGGUCUAUCUGGAGGACUCAGGCCACACUCUUAGAGGUCUAUUCAUUAUUGAUGACAAGGGAACCCUAAGACAAAUGACUCUGAAUGAUCUUCCAGUGGGUCGAUCAGUGGAUGAGACACUCCGUUUGGUUCAAGCAUUCCAGUACACCGACAAACAUGGAGAAGUCUGCCCUGCUGGUUGGAAACCUGGUAGUGAAACAAUAAUCCCAGAUCCAGCUGGAAAACUGAAGUAUUUCGACAAACUAAAUUGAAAAUUACUUCCUCAGGGCAUGGAUGUUUGAGCGUUACCAAUAAAGUUCAGUGUUUUGUUACCA